AUGAGCUGGUGGUGGGCAGGAGCCAUUGGCGCUGCAAAGAAGAAAUUUGAAGAAGAUGAUGCGCCGCCGAAGCAUCAAAGCGUGGCGCUGAUAAUUGGGGUGACCGGCAUCGUGGGCAACAGUCUAGCCGAGAUCCUCCCCCUCGCCGACACUCCCGGUGGCCCAUGGAAGGUAUACGGCGUCGCGCGCCGCCCUCGGCCAUCGUGGAACGACGACAACCCGGUUCAUUAUGUCCGAUGCGACAUAUCGGAUCCUGAGGAUGUCGAAUCGAAGCUCUCCGUUCUCACUGAAGUCACCCAUCUGUUCUAUGUCACCUGGACUAAUAGAUCCACUGAGGCUGAAAACUGCGAAGCCAAUGGAAAAAUGUUUAGGAAUGUGCUUGAUGUAUUGAUUCCUAAUUGCCCUAAUUUACAGCAUGUCUGUUUGCAGACUGGAAGGAAGCAUUACAUUGGUCCAUUUGAAUCCUUUGGCAAAAUCAAAACAAAUGAUACUCCUUACCAUGAGGAUUUACCCCGGUUGAAUUACCCGAAUUUUUACUACACUCUUGAGGAUAUUUUGUUUGAGGAGGUUCAAAAGAAGGAAGGAUUGACAUGGUCAGUUCAUCGACCAGGGAAUAUAUUCGGCUUUUCACCGUAUAGUAUGAUGAAUUUAGUCGGAACCCUUUGUGUUUACGCAGCAAUUUGUAAGCAUGAGGGUUUGCCAUUGAGGUUUCCAGGUUCUAAGGGUGCUUGGAAUGGCUAUUCCGAUUGCUCUGAUGCUGAUUUGAUCGCGGAGCAUCAAAUCUGGGCUGCAGUGGAUCCUUAUGCCAAGAAUGAGGCGUUCAAUGUGAGCAAUGGGGAUGUGUUCAAAUGGAAGCAUUUCUGGAAAGUGUUGGCUGAGCAAUUCGGUGUAGAAUGUGGAGAGUACGAGGAAGGACAAAAACUGUCAUUGCAAAGAUUAAUGAAGGAUAAAGGGCCAAUUUGGGAUGAAAUAGUGAGGAAGAAUGGAUUGACACCUACUAAAUUGAAUGAAGUCGGGAUUUGGUGGUUUGGUGAUGUUAUUCUUGGCAUUGAAUGCCCAUUGGACACUAUGAACAAGAGCAAGGAGCACGGUUUUCUGGGAUUUAGGAAUUCGAAAAAUUCAUUCAUUUCUUGGAUUGAUAAGGUAAAAGCAAACAAGAUCGUUCCUUAA